CGGCCUGACAGGGUGGCAAUCCAAUCCAUUUGGAAAACCUGAAACGCGAUUCAGCAGUAUCUAGUGGGACCCGGAUCAGUAUCUUCUAGCAGAAACCAGUACGACGCGGAGAGUGAAGAUCACGUGCCCUUUUGUUCAAGGAAAGUAUAAAGCUCUUCGCGGUCAACCUCCGCCGUCCGCCUCCGCACUCCACCCUCUGUUUCCACUCGUCCCUAAAUAUCACACUUCACCUAAGCUUUUACUAUUAAAUAUUCGCCGUGAAUUCGACGGGAUUAUAUACUGUACGGAAUCCGUUGGAAGAGUUGUCCGUUUUUGGUGAUCCUGCUCGAUUUUGUUUCAGAUGUGACUGAGAUUUAUAUAGGUCAUCAAUAUGGGAGACUUGCCAUGUCCACCAUAUCCCAACCAAAGAUUAGAGGCAAGGAUACUUAGCAAGAACAAGCUACCAAAAAUUUGUUUAGUUGCUUCUGCGACAAAGCACUUCUCGGAGAAGACUUUGAAAUGUAUAACCAAAGUGAAACAGAGUGUACAGACUAGUGGAGCUGCUGGUGAUGUUGUUGUAUUUUUGGCUACCACUGCUGCUCUAGAGAUCGUGCGAAGGCUAAGCAAAUGUAGAUGUCCUUUUAUUUGGCGCGGUUUGCAGGCUCUGCAAGUUUUAUGUUAUCCACCGUUUAAGUGGAUCCAGAAAUGGGCUCCUUUGAAGGCAUUGGUCAAACAGUUGCAGAUGCUAAACUCUUGGAUACGUAAUGUUGACUUUUUUCCCGUAUGGCUGGUAAUAAUUUUACACGAGUCAUUGAUCCAGAAAUUGUCUAGGCCAAUGCUAUUGCUCUCAAUUGCAACAGUUUUCUCUGAUCAGUCAUCAUCUACAGAAGAAACGACACCAAAUGACUAUCAUGAUUCUCGAGCAUAUCCACAAGCUAGCUCUCAUGAUGAAGUACUGGACGAUGAUUAUCCUGAAAGAUGGUUGCUAGAACUCCAUAGGGAACUCAGGGAGGAGGGUAUUAGUGUACCUGAGAGGUUGAAUGAUGAUGAGCUCCGUCAAUUUUAUGCUGCUGCAAAUGGUGAUUUUUCAAGGCUGCUUUCAUCAGUUAAGAAGACCAUUAAAUGGAGGCAGAGUUACACAAUUCUUUCACCAGAAGAGCUCGAGGCUUGCUCACAGUUCAUUUUUUGGCAUGGCCAUGAUGCCAAUCAACGGCCUUGCCUCAUCAUUCGCCUUGGACUUGCUUGCUCCAACCUGAAAUCCAGGGACAGACUUCUCGUUGUAAAAGCAGUUGUUUCGCAGAUUGAACACGGUAUUUUGAGCUUGGUCGAUGUCAGACAUCCUCAGAUUACUGUCUUGAUGGACUGUGAAGGACUCUCACCACUUGGUUUUCCCAUACACACAAUGAGAUCUUGUGCUAUGCUCUUGCAAGAUCAUUAUCCUAAUCGUCUUAGCUCUUUGAUUGUAGUACGGCUCCCUCAAGUUGCCCAAAUAAUAAUGCAGGCUUUCUUUAAGGUGCUUAAACCAGCCACACGCCAAAAAGUGAGGAUAAUUGGGAGAAACCAUCUAGAGUUUCUCUCCAAGAACCUCGAUUCAAUCCCUUCGUUUCUUGGUGGAAGCUGCGUGUGCUCAAAAUGCUCAGACGGGAGCAAUGUGGAGGGUAAAUCCGAUGAAGUCACGUUGGCAGAACCAACACCUGACCGUGUGGACAGAUCUGAUGAGGUCUCUCGGACAGAACCAACGCCUGAUCAUGUGAAUAAAUCUGAUGAGGUCACUUGGACAGAACCAACACCUGAUCAUGUGAACGAAAGCCCCAAGCUUGAUCAUAAUAAUGUCUCCAACACGAAUGGCAACAGGGAAGAGUUGAUGAAGACCCUCAUCAUUGGUAUACUGUUGGUGUGUAUACUUAUUGCUGUGAUUGUGGCAAUGCAUUAUCCAGAAAGAUUGCCUCUUUUGCAUUCGCUUAGACAAUAAAUUUUCUGCUUCCUACGGAAGUUGUGGGUAGAGACUUGCGCAAAACAUGUGCAUCUCCUGGUAGAGCAUAAAUCCACUCUCCCCAGCAAUAGAUUUCUCUUCAUCUUUUGCAGCGCCAUACAAGUUCCUAGUUUGACAUAGAUGCAUAUCAUAUAGUAGUAUGUUAGUAGAGUAGUUAAAUAAUUUCUUAUCAAUGUACAGUAUUUUGUGAGCACCUGAAGUAAUAGAUUUUCACUUGGAUUCCUGCGUAGUUGGGGAUGGUUAAGAAAUUUUUGAAUCAUGUGCUAAGUACUGUGUUUUGUCCGUUGGAGCGGAUAAAGAUAGCUGUUAAUUUCCUUCA